AUGAUCGGCUGGGACCAGGAAACCUACUGUCUCACAAUGGGAUAUCUGGAGAAGGGGAAUCUUGAACAAUAUGUUCAGCAGAACACGCAACAUCUAACACCCCGGCUUCAACUUCAAUGGAGUAGACAGGCUGCUAAAGCGCUCGGUGUUCUUCACGGGCAACACUUUCCUGACGUCUCUUCCAUACUUUGUGGUACCGUUAUCAUGCAGUGUAGGUAUCGACGACUCAAGUCUGCCCACACUGCAUAUGACGCCCUUGCCGCUGUUGAAAGACGACAUUUGAAGAUUGUGCCUUUGUGA